AAGCAAGCUGAACUUUGCUAUCUUCUUCUUCUAUAUGUUUUGUUAUGUUUUACUUACGUCCUAUUUUCUUUGAAUUUCUUCCUUGUUUGGAGAAAUUCGUUUUGAGGGUGCACUUAACAGUUUUGCCUUUUUGCAUUUUAUCGUGGAUAUUCAGAGAAUUGCAUCACUGCAAAAGUGCCUGAUAAAUCAUUCGGAAAACGCCUGGUGAAUCAUUCUAGACUUUUUUAUCCCUGUGCACUACGUUCUUGUUAGUCAUCAUAAAAAGCCUCCUAUUAUCUUCUAAAAGGUUAUAUUGUAUACAUCUACAAUCACUGCCAAAAUUACUUGGAACACCCAACACUUUGCGCUGUUUUUUUCUAUUUUUCAUUUGUUUUCCCGAAUACUACUACUUCCGUCCCCCUUUCCCCCAAAACAAUGUUGAAAGCAUAGAAUAAUAUCAAACAAGCUAUAAGAAAAAGCGUUCUACGUACCCAAACAAGCUAUAAGAAAAAGUGUUCUUUUUUCUAUAGUAAAUCAACAUUGUUCUUAGGGGGAGAGGGGGUGGCUGAAUUUGCCUUUGAAAACUUACGUUAGUUUUCCAAGACUUUUGGCAGUGAUCUUUCGCGAGCAUGUUUAACUAGUCGCAACUCCCGCGUUGUUGUCAUAUCACCUGAUUUGUGGAGCCAGUAAUACAGCUGCCGUGUUUAAUACACUGUUCCCUAAGGCAAAACAUCGGAAGAAUGUUGAAUAAGGUUUUUUAUAGGCUCCUCUCAUCAAGGAUCAACGUGUUCUUAAAAGAUUAUCUUUGCAAUAGACAUACAGAUAUUCGCUUUUACCUUUGACGUUCGAUUUUCUUGCUAUUUCGCAUAUCGCUUCUUAGUCAAAAUUUUCGCAUAUCGUUAUUUGAGAAAAGUAGAUUGAAUUUGGACAUCUUUUGUCCUUGCGCUUCGACUCUGGAAAAGGAUAUUUUUUAACUAUUUUGUUUACAUCUAAAAGGAUAUAUCAGAUUUGCUUGAUUGGUGAUAUCGCUGACUAUUCUUCAGAAUUUCAAAGGUGAAUAAUUUAAGAUUGAAAUCCUAUAUUGCAUAAGUUUUAAGGCAUUCUUCCUGCAAACAUGGUUAUCCUUGAUAUAAACCUUUGUUGUUGUGUCCAAUAUUUUGCAGCGUUCUUUUCCAAAUCAAACCUUAUCGCUAUCAGUAGCCACAAUACUUAAAUAUUAAACCAGAAAGUCACUUUUAUUAUGAUUAUAUUUAUAUUCAUGAGUCAUACCUGUUUUGAAAAAAAAGGCUGGCAAGAAAUCAAUAGUUUUUUUACAAUUCAUGCUGAAUCGAAACAAAAAUGUACAAAAGAAAAGUGAGAGCUUUUGUAUAUUCUAUCAAUCGAUUUUUUCAUAGCAGUAACAAAUAUAUCAUAAUACGAAUUUUUGCUGAAAAGAAGCGUCGAAGGAGGGGAUGAAAAACUUUGGAAGGCGGGAUAUUUGGAAACCCUAUAGCUAUUAUGUUUUAUCUUAUUUGUUUCUCUCACACUUUUCUUUUUAGUCCAUUCUCGUAUCACCGCGAGAUAUACUUGUUUGAAAUCGUGACGCGAUUACCCUAUGCUUCGUAAACAAGAAGUAAAAUAAGAUGUUCUUACAGAACGUUCCGCGUUUUAUACACCGCACAUGCCACCGAUGAACUGUUCUUUCGCCCGUUAUUUUUUAAUGUUAUUGUAUGUGUUCAUUGUGCUUCGUGUGGUUAGCCAGUCUGCAAUUAUUCAGGGCUGCAUUGGCAAGUUUGCUUCGAGCGUUGCUUUUGGGAGAUGUCUUCUGGUUUCUUGAGGAGUGAUUUUUCAUUUGUCGAGCUGCCACGUCGAUUAGGGAAAGUCAUUAAGAAUGCGUUCGAUGUUGAUGCCGAUGAAGAUAUCGCAUCUUUUGAUCCCUUCGCUCCGAAGAAGGCACCGAAAAACGCGUCUAAAACCUUACCGCGCAUGAGUACGGUUGAGGUGUUGAAUGAUUUCGAAGAUAUCACACACCCAGAGAAACAACAACAACUGGACGACCUCGGUACCGACCAGGAAGCUGAUCUUCUGCGAAGCCGCACUGUUAUCGUGAAACGAAGCAGCUCGGAGGAUCCAGCAAUGGCUUCUUCGCCAAAUGAGAGAUUCAUUACAAUCAAAGAAAAUGAUGGCCGAGCCAGUCCAGCAUUCGAUGUUGUUGAUGGUUCAGAAGUUGAAAACCCGCCUAUGCCCGCGAUUGGCACGCGGAUUUCCCAAAUAUUCAAAGCACGAGAAAACAUCGUUAGGUUACAAAUGGCUGCUAGAGAAAAUGAGUUCACAGAAAAAUUUCCAUUUUCAAUUUUUGUUGGGACAUGGAAUGUAAACGGUCAAGUUGCGGGUGAAUGCUUAAAACCGUGGUUUAGAGUUCAAGGCAUUGCAGAACCGCCUGACAUUAUUGCAGUAGGAUUUCAGGAGCUUGAUCUUAGUGCAGAAGCUCUAGUAUUUAACGAUUCAAGUAGAGAAGAAGCUUGGCUCAAGGCUUUAGAAAAAGCAGUUCCGUCCGAAGCAGAAUACACUCAGAUUCGCACUCACCGCCUUGUUGGCAUGAUGCUAGCAGUGUUCGUGCAAACCAAACAUCAAGCACACAUAAUCGAUGUCACGUCAGAGCACUGCGGUACUGGAAUUAUGGGUAAAAUGGGAAACAAAGGGGCAGUAGCAAUACGAUUUCAGUUACAUAAUUCAACGAUAUCGUUUGUCAACUCGCAUUUAGCAGCACAUUUAGCCGAGUUCGAGAGGCGCAAUCAGGAUUUUAAAGAUAUUAGUUCAAAACUGCAGUUCUCUAAAUUCGAGCCUCCAAUGACAAUCAACCACCACGACAUUGUUAUUUGGUUAGGCGAUUUGAAUUAUCGAUUUGAUGAUUUGGAAGUUGAUCAAAUCAAAGCUUUAAUUGACGAAAACAAAAUGGAAGAACUUUAUAAGUUUGAUCAACUACGUAAGCAGAUGGUAGCUGGAAAGGUUUUUCAAGGAUACACAGAGGGGAAACUGAAAUUUAAGCCCACCUACAAGUUUGAUCCAGGCACGGAUGAUUGGGAUACAAGCGAAAAAGGGCGUGCCCCUGCGUGGUGUGAUCGAAUCCUAUGGCGAGGGAGAGGGAUUGAGAUAAUGAAAUAUGCAAGUCAACCAGCGCUGAAACUCAGUGAUCAUAAGCCAGUCUGUGGAGUUUUUAAAGUUGGGAUUAAAAUUGUCGACAAGAAAAAAGAGCGACAAGUCUUUGAAGACAUUACGCUCAAGUUAGACCGACUAGAAAAUGAAAGCUUACCUCAAGUUAAGCUUGCAAGAGCCGAAUUUCAUUUUGAUGAUGUCAGGUUCAUGGAAGAGCAGUUGCAAAUACUGCCAAUCGCUAAUAUUGGGCAGGUACCUGCAGAAUUCCAGUUUAUUCCAAAAUUAGAUGACAAAGAUAUCUCAAAACCCUGGCUACGAAUUCAGCCAAGAUCAGGAAUCAUCAUGCCUGGCGACGUACAGGAAAUCGAACUUACCAUUGCUAUUGACAAAGAAAUAGUUCCAACCCUGAACAGUCAAUUGAAGCUAGAAGACAUCCUUGUGCUACACCUUGUAAAUGGCAAAGACUUCUUCGUACCAAUUAAUGCCAAUUAUAUACCAAGCGUUUUUGGUUCGCCAUUGCUUUCACUUGUAAAGAUGUAUGGUCCUAUAAAGCAAAUUCCAUCUGAGUUACUACUUCGACUGAACAAAGGCGAUGUGGUGGAAGGGCCGGGUAUCGGUACAGAGCCAUUGCCAAUUCCAAAAGAGCUAUGGCUACUUGUAAACCAUCUGUAUCAGAAUGGAAUGAAACAGGAAAACAUUCUUAUUCAAUCUGGAUUGGAUUCUGAAAUAGUGAUGAUUCGCAACUAUCUUGAUAACAGCGAAAGAGGGACAAUGCCUGGUAGUAUAUUUUCUGUUGGUGAGGCACUGCUUCUGUUUCUCGAGUCGCUGCCUGAGCCUGUUAUUCCUUUUAAAUUUCAAAACAAGUGCAUGGAUGCUUGCCAGAAUUACACUUUAUGCAAACAGGUUGUUGGCCAAAUGCCAGAUUGUCAUGUAAGCGUGUUUAGGUAUAUCACAGCAUUUUUACGGGAGCUGCUAACCCAUUCAGCGGAUAACAAACUGGCUGCAAAGAUUCUUGCCACUGUCUUUGGAGCUAUUCUACUGCGAGGACCAAAAGAGCAAGCCACUGUUAGUCGAAGGGCAGAGUCCCAAAUCGGACAGAAAAAAGCUAAGUUCCUUUACCAUUUUCUCGUGAAUGACUUCAGCGAGUAGAGUCUGUUUCGCAUUAGUUUUUGGAUUCUUGUCCAGACCUUUCAUUGAAAAGUUGAAGGGCGAGCAUCAAAGCUUGUGGGAUGUCAAAUCCAAAUUUUGUAAAAAAGGAAAAGCAAAUCAAGGUCGUGAACAUAGAGUUUGAGGAUGAUAUUUGUGUCAAUAAUAUUUGGAUUAAUUCCAGCUGUUACCUCAUAACCUCUUAGGUUUAUUCAUUAGGGUAUUAUCAUAUGUCACUGGUUCGCCGAAACGAAAGUUUCAGUUCCAGAUUUGUGAAAAGUAUCACGGACCAAGGAUUGUAGCGAGUUGAAUAAUAUGUAAUAUUGUGUAAAUGAGACAUAAUACUAAGUUUUUAAAAGUAGCUACUUUGAAACUAUUGUAGUUUUUACGUUUUAAUGAGGAAAUUUGCGGCUCAUGUUAUUUCUUUUUGUUAACCCGAAAGUCCAUUAGAAUGACAAAGGUUUUUGUCCAUUUGAUUCAGAAUACUGUCAAUAUAGAUACAUUUUAGGCACCCUGCCCACUCGAGAAUUAAUACAAUCGAGAUUUGUGGUAAUGUUAUUGAGAUCUUUGGUAUCAAACUGGGCAAAUUCAUAUCGCAAAACAUCGAAGGAAAAUGAUUAGAAAGAAAGUGAUAAACAUAGACGUAAAUUGUCUUUCAACGUAGACGUCCCUUUCCUUUCAACGUUGUAAAUUAUCUAAACUUAUUUGUGAUUUUUGUUUUGGUUUUUUUGUACUUUUAUAGUAAAUGAUUUCAAUUAGCAGGCGGAUUUCGUAAUUAUGUCUGAAGACGUGUUGACGUGAUGGCAGAUGGUCGAAUGCAUAAUUAUGCUUAAUUAUGCUUCCAAUAGUUUAUGUCAUAUGAGAAUAGGUGAUUCUGAUUAGCAACAUGGCGUUUUAUGCCUUAAAGUGAGUGUUUGUGUAGUGAAGGGUUCUUAAGAGUGUUUUUUAAAGACACCAGAUGCUACUAAAUAGUGAGCCUGGGGCAAUGUUUUGAAAAAGGGUUUAAGUGUUGCUGUGAAAGUCAGCCUGGAUAUGACUCAUGGCCAUUUCUUUUCACAAUUAUCCAUACCAAUGAAAUGCCACUAAAGGAGCUAACAGCAAAACCAAUGGCAAUGACAAAAUGCAUGAAUAAGACUUACUUGGGAUGGAUUAUGAACUGUCAAUAUCCAAAUUAUGAUCUCCAACCAAACAUCUAGUUAGCUGCAAAAAACUAUUUCUUUCAAGAAAUUGUGAAAGUUUUCCGUCCAACUCUAAGCUUUCCGGUGAAAGAGAGCUUUAAAAAGACUGGAGGUUGAGUUUCAUUGGGUAUCUUGAAACCCCUGGGAUAUUAUCAUUGGCAUAAAGAGAAAAUGUGCAGGAAAAUGCGUCUGACCUUAAAUGAUGCUAUUAGGGUGUAGAUUAACACGCAUUUUUAUUUAAUUAGAGUCUUUUAAUUCAAUGUAGUAGUUUGCCAUUUACAGAUGUCUGCCAUUCAACACCGCAGAUACUUUUUGAUGAUCCAUUUUUCGUUGGCGUCUAAUCUUUUUUUUCAACUUUAAUGCAACACUGCAGCAAUGCGAAUUACUCAAAUCAAUUGAGAUCAUAUGUACGUCAUUGCACAUCAAGUCAGUAAAAAGAUACUUUAAGGAGUUGAGUUAUUAGAAAAUAAACAUCAAAUUAAGUUCCGGAAUAAAUGCCGUUUUUUUUAAAAAGAAAACAGUUUCUAGACCGGUCGAUUUC